AUGAACAAUAGCUGCAACUGUUGACUUUCCCAAUCUGUAGUUAAAGGAAAUAGUCUUGAAAGUAUCUCCAGUAGCAAGAAACCCGAAAAGUACAUUUUUAUCAAGUAAUCUUAAAAUAAAAUAACUAUUGCUGAAUGUUUUAGGUGGAAUAGAAGAAUGUAAAAAAAAAAGUGGUCUUCUGUCAGAGAUCAGUUCCGUAGAACUCUACAAAAAAGAAAGACAGCAUCUGGACAGGCUGCUGUGAAUAACCGAAAGUAUAAGUAUGAAGACAUUCUUGAGUUUCUUUUACCACACAUUUCAGAACGUGACAUAUUAUCCAACGUGGAUAAUUUUGAAGAGGAUCAAAAUAAUGAAAUUACUAAUGAUGAAACUCCGGAAGAAUUCAGUGGACAAACAUGUGAGCCACAGAAUAACAGAGACAGAAGCAACAAAUCAAUAACUGAAAUUCAAAAUAAUUUCACUGAUUCUGUGGACGAUACUCUCAGAUCUACAACAGAAACUUUAGCCAAAGCAUCUAGUUUUUAUGUGAAGAAAAAUACAUUUAGACCUCCAGUCAAACGAAAAAUGAUUCAUGAAGGAAAAUCUAUAGAUUCUCCAGCAAGCCAGCUAAUGGCAUUUAUGUUAGCUGAGAAGGAAGAAGAAAAUAAAAAAUCUAAAAAAGAAGUCGAAUCUACAGUUAAGCAUCCAAUUGAUGCUUUUUUGAGUGGAAUUGCUCCUAUACUUAAAGCACUUAAUCCUAUACUACAAAAUCAAGCUAAAAGUGCAAUUUUUUCUAUAACACAGGAAUUUGAGAUGAAGCAGCUUAUAUCCGACUAUAGCAGUAGGAUGUUUGAACUGGACAGGUUUGAGUAG